AUGGCUCACAGGGAGGAUUCCAAGUUCUAUAAAUUCGACAACGGUUCAGACGUGGUCUUGGACAUUGGGAUCGUUGGUGCCGGCAUCGCGGGUCUCACAGCAGCAGCUACGCUCAGUCGUUUAGGUCACCAUGUUGAUGUUUACGAACGAUCCAGUUUUGCUAACGAGAUUGGAGCGGCCAUAAACGUAGGGCCAAACGCUAUGCACGUACUACGCGCAUUUGAUUUCGACGUUGUGAGAGCCAGAUUCUUAAAAGUGCAAGAAGGACUACAGGUCAACGGCCACACCUUGGAAACAACACACAGUCUAACCUACGAGGACUAUGAGCGCAAAUUCCACGUACCCUGGUACUUCUCACACCGGGUCGACUUGCACAAUGAGCUCAAACGUCUUGCUUUGAAUGGAUCAGACGGGUUUCCAGGGGCGAAAUUGCAUCUUGCUAAACCGUUGGUGGACGUCGAUUGCGAGAACGGGGUGUUGAAAUUCGAAGACGGGAGCAUAGUCCGCAAGGACGUUAUUGUGGGCGCAGAUGGGGUUCAUUCUGUGGUCGCUCAAUGUGUGCUAGGCGCCGAAAUCCCCGCGAGCGCGGUCGGAGAAGGUGCCUUUCGGUUUUUGAUACCGACUGAGAAGCUCCUGAAGAAUCCGAUCACCAAGCCAUUGUUUCAAGAUGAAAAAGUGACUAGUCAUAUUGCCGCCGUGUCAGACCGAAGAAUUGUCUAUUAUCCUUGCAGAAAUGGAGAGGUACAGAACUUUGUUGGCCUGCAUCCUGUACAGGUAGACAGAAAGGAAGAAGAAAUUGAGAUAAGAAAAGACUGGCAAGCGGGCGGAAGCAUUCAAGACUUGCUGGAUACGUUCGCUGAGUUUCAUCCUGCGUUAGUUGAGGUUUGUCGGAACGCCGAAGACCUAAAACUGUGGAAACUGUUCUCCCGAGCGCCUAUCAGCAAAUGGACCAAGGGAAAAGUUAUCAUAGUAGGAGAUGCUGUACAUCCAAUGCUUCCACAUCAAGGCCAAGCCGGUAAUCAAGCCAUAGAAGAUGCCGGCGCUCUAGGCGUUUGUCUCUCGGAUAUAAGACGCCGCGAGGAUAUUCCACUUCGCCUCGAGCUUGUCCAAAACAUUCGUCGGGAAAGAGCUGCUGCGAUGCAGAUAUUCUCGAACGCCGGCCAGGACCAGUCUGAGCGGAUACAGAAAGAAGCCCAACUAUAUGUCAAGGGACCAAUUCCUAAAAAUCGGACGGAGUUUCAUCAAUGGAAUUUUGCAUAUGAUGUAUUGACUGAGUCGGUGGAAGCGCUGGCCGCAAUUACAUCUUCAGAGCCUGGCAUUCCUUCUUAA